AUGUCGCAACCAGAUUACGAGACUUACAAACUUGGUGACUGGACACUCCAGAGCGGAGAGAAGAUCCCCGAUGCGCAUAUCGCGUACAAGACCUUUGGUGAUCCCACAUCGCCGGCGAUCGUCUAUCCGACGUGGUUUUCUGGAUUGAUAUCCGACAAUUUCUGGCUAAUCGGCAACGACAAAACCCUCAACCCUCAAAACUUCUACAUAAUCAUCCCCGCUCUCUUCGGAAACAGCCAGUCCUCGUCGCCAUCGAACCAGGCUGGCCCAGGCCCAUUCCCCCGGUGCUCUGUAUACGAUAACGUGCGCGCCCAGCACAAACUCGUCACCAAGCACCUGGGCAUCUCGCACUUAUUCGCCGUCGUCGGCUGGUCCAUGGGUGCGGGACAGAGCUACCAGUGGGCAACGCAGUAUCCGGACUUCAUGGAUUUCGUUGUUCCGUUCUGUGGCUCUGCGAAGACGUCGCUGCAUAACCAGGUCUUUUUGGAAGGGGUUAAGAGUGCCCUGUUUGCGGCUAAGAAGAUUCGUUCCGCUGGAUCUGGGGGUUUGGGUGUUAGGGAUCGUUCGGCGGCGGUGCAUACGUGGUCGGAGGAGGAGAGGGAGAUUGGACUGAAGGCCUUGGGAAGGGUUUAUGCUGGAUGGGGACUCAGCCAGGCAUUUUAUAGACACAAACUCUAUGAAACCGUGCUGGGAUACAAAGAUCUCGAGGACUUCAUGCUGAAUUUCUGGGAGAAGUGGGCGUGUUCCAAGGAUCCCGAGAACCUAUUGACAAUGAUUCAGACCUGGCAGAAUGCCGACGUGUCGAAGCAGGAACCGUACAACGGAGACUUUGAAAAGGCCCUGGCGUCCAUUAAAGCCAAGACGCUCGUCAUGCCGGCAAAGACCGACCUGUACUUCCCACCCGAGGACUCGGAGUAUGAAGUUGCUUGUAUGCAGCCGGGGAUUGGCAAGCUGGAGGUUUUUCCUUCUAUCUGGGGCCACUGGGCUGGAGGUCCUGGAGAUAGCAAGGAGGAUGUGGAAUGGCUGGACGAGAAGAUGGCUGAUUUCUUUGCGCAGAAGAGCGUGUUGGAUAAGCUGGCGGAGAAGAUUGAGGAGGUACUGGGUUGA